UUUUUGGAUUAACUAAUUGAUUGUGAUAAGAGAAAUAUUUAUUAUCUAUAUAAUUACGUGGAUUCUUUUGUUUUUGUUUUGUGUUAAAAAUCUGUGGUAUAAUAAUCAAGUAUAUUAUGGGUUAUUUAUCUGUGUGAGUGUGGUAAAAUAACGCUUGCGCAUUGAAUUGAGUGUACUCUGAUAAAUAAUAUAAAAGCUCGACGAAUGAUUAGAGAGAUAGUUUUCAAGGAUUUGUAACAAUAAUCGCUUUAAACUUUUAAAGAAGCAGAAUAUUAAAACUACCUCACACGUUUAUCAAUUUUAUGUUUCAUAUUAAAGUUAUGUCUGUCAUAGAAGCAAAAAUGUCACGACCAAAAAUUUUAAUCACAAAUAAUAAAGUUCCUUCGACUGGGUUAGAUCUUCUUCGUGAUCGAUAUGAUGUGACUAUCAUACAAAGUGAUAAAUUAACACGAGAAGAAAUUCUUCAAGCAGUACCUGGUCAUGAUGCAAUUUUCAUUGCAACUCAUAUUAUGGUAAAUACUGAACUUCUUGAUGCUGCUGGACCAACGUUAAAGGUCGUUUCUACAAUGUCUGCUGGAUACGAUCAUUUAGAUGUACCAGAAAUAAAAAGGAGAGGUAUUAAAGUUGGACAUACUCCGAUGGUUUUAACUGCUGCGGUGGCUGAAGUUGCUGUUAUGUUACUUUUAAAUGCUGCACGACGUGCUUAUGAAAGCCGUAGUUUACUAAAAAAUGGAAAAACAGAAAAUCAUCCUUUGUGGUUACUAGGUCAAGAUAUUCGAGAAUCUACUGUAGGUAUUGUUGGAUUUGGAAGUAUUGGACAAGCUGUUGCAAAAAGAUUGAUUCCAUUUGAAGUAGGACGUUUUCUGUAUACUGGUCAUUCUCCUAAAAAAGCUGGAGAUGAAAUUGGAGCAAAAUUUGUAUCUUUAGAUCAACUUUUAGAAGAGAGUGAUUUUAUUAUUGUUGCUACUCCAUUAACUAAUGAAACUCGGGGACUUUUUGAUGAUGCUGCUUUUGAUAAAAUGAAAAAAAAUGCUGUGUUUGUUAACGUGGGUCGUGGAGCUGUUGUUAAAACAGAUGCAUUGUUAAAAGCGCUUAAAGAACACAAAAUAUUUGCAGCAGGAUUAGAUGUAGUUGACCCAGAACCUUUGCCAACUGAUCACGAAUUAUGGAGUCUUCCUAACUUUGAAAUCGUACCUCAUAUCGGUAGUGCAACCAUUAAAACCAGAAGUGAUAUGUCCAAAGUAGCUGCACAAAAUAUUAUUAAUGGUCUCGAAGGAAAACCAUUGGUUUAUCCUUUAUAAUCUGGAAUUCAUUUUAUCACUGAAGAAUAAAAAAAUAUUAUUACAGUGAAAUUAACAUUUAUUCAAAUAUUUAAUAAAAAAAUUACUUUUGUAGAAAAUAUACAUCGUUCAGUUCAUUAUUUUAAUAAUAAAUCAUUUAGUGACUAUAUUAU